AUGAAUACUCUGAAAGGGCGUAGCCGGGAUGUUCCUUCCUCGAGUCGGAACAAGACUCCGACUUUGAGUUUGCUCCUUCCUUGUCUGUACAUCAUAGAAAUUCAUUCGAUUGACCGUCGAAAAGAUGCCAAAUACUCAACAGAGUCAUUUCAGAGUCGUCAAGAAAUGCUCAAAAGCGAAACAUCUGUGGCGGAAGCCGAUGGUGUCAACAUACACUUACGCGUCAACACAGGGUACAUGGGUCCUGCAUCAUCAUGGGCAUUCUGCAGAAGGGUCUUGGCUCUAGUCGGAAAACAUCUCCCAGAAGCAAACAACGAACCUCCACCAUGGCAUCUUGACGGGGUAGCAUUCCGUCUCCAGUGGAGACCCCUAAUGCCUGAAGAGCAUCCUGACAUAUCGAAUCUACCCCCAUCAGACUACGCAUUCUUUCUUGUACAGACUGCAAGGUUCUACCUAGGCCCCCUAGCAAGUCUCAUCGACGAAACUGAAUUUCUACAACACUUUAAAGAGCUUUACCAGGAUGCUUCUACCAAGGCGUCAACGUGCAAGCUGUGGUAUGCACAAUAUUUGCUCAUGAUAGCGUUUGGGAAGGCGUUUCUGGGCGGGAAAAGUGCUGAUGGAAGUCCACCUGGCCAUCAGUAUGCCGCUAGGGCUAUGCCUCUCAUGCCAGAGUUGGCUGGGAUUGCCUUGGAUCCUAUUCUUUCAGCACAAGCACUUACUCUUGCAGCGAUAUACUUUCAGUCAAUUGAUAUGAGAGUAGCAGCGUACCAACAUAUAGGACAAGCUCUUCGUAUCUGUGUACUAUCUGGUUUCCAUAGACACAUGCCGGAAGAAGUUGUUGGGGCACAACAUUCAAAACGAUGCCACAUAAUAUUUUGGGUAGUCUACAUGCUGGAUCAAGAGUUUGCAGCUCUCAUUGGCGCUACGAGUGCUAUAAGAGAUGAAGACAUCACCAACAAGUUGCCUUCCCAGGCUGACAACUCUUUGACAUCGUUGAGUCUGACUCUCCAUGUUCAGCUGGCACGUCUCAUAGCACGGCUCCUAGGAAGUAGGUUCAACAAGCACAACACUCAGUCUAUCUUGAGGAACUUGGCUGAGCUAAAUCGUGAUCUAAUGAACAUCAUCAACAAGCACUUUCGCGAUUCGAUUAGCAAAGCUUCGAGGAUUGCCACCAGACUAGUUCUCCAAUAUCAUCAUUCCAAGACACGAAUGACACAUGGUUUAUCGCUAUCGCCUCCAGUCGCAUCACUGAUCCAAUCCUGUCCCAGCAUUACCAGUCAUCCCGAAACUCUGCUGACAAUGAUAUCAGAAGCAUUCCUGCCUUUCCAAAUCGAGUAUGCCUCCUCAUCAGCAUUUCUUCUACAUCUCAUCCCUAUCAUAUGCCCUUCUCUACUUUCUGACAAUUCAUGGCGAGAUGAUGCCCGCUAUGUUUUUGACACCCUCAUCGCCAAGGGAAGCUUGAUUGCCCCUCUGAGAAAAGUAGAGUUGGAGCAGUUGGAGCAGAAGCUUUCGGCUUUGACACCAGCCAGCAAUAUCGCUUCCCCAGAGAUCCCCGCAGAGAACCAGGAGAAUGCGAACCAAGAAGAGGAUGAAGAUCAGCAUAAUGAGGAGCAUCUUGCCGACGAAACUGGAUGGGAUCUCUUCGCCGCCAACGCCAUGGCUGGACUCACCCCAGGAGAGUUACUAGAUCUAGCAGAACAGUUGGACGUGGACAACUUCUUAUAUGAACCUGAGAUGGAAUAA